AUGAGGAUCUGUAUCAGCAUCCUAAUGGUUACUAUUUCAGGUAAUUCGAUCAUGAUCGUCUCAAGGUUCGCCGUGUCACUGCUCGGCCAGAGCUAUGGUGUGCUGAACAUCGCUCGCAUGACGAGCACGAUCGCGCACACCGUAAAAGUGCAGGAUCAUAUUGAGAAGACACGGGCGAAGGCUUUACUCGGUGGUGGACAGAAAAGAAUCGACACGCAACACAAUCGAGGGAAGCUGACUGCUCGCGAAAGGAUCGAAUUGCUUUUGGACAAGGGCACCUUCCGCGAGUACGACAUGUUUGCGGAACAUACAUGUACCGAUUUUGACAUGCAGAAGCAGAAAAUACCCUGCGAUUCUGUAAUUACUGGUCGCGGUCACAUUAACGGACGCAACGUGUACGUUUUCUCGCAGGACUUUACCGUUUUUGGUGGCUCGUUGUCGAUGAUCCACUCGAAGAAGAUCUGCAAGAUAAUGAGAGAGGCGAUGCUUGUGGGUGCCCCUGUCAUUGGUCUCAACGAUUCCGGUGGUGCACGUAUUCAGGAGGGAGUUGAGUCACUUGCUGGAUAUGCUGACAUUUUCCAGGCAAAUGUGUCGGCGUCUGGAGUCAUACCACAGAUCUCACUUAUUAUGGGACCAUGUGCAGGUGGUGCUGUCUACUCGCCUGCUAUCACCGAUUUUACGUUCAUGGUUCGUGACACGAGCUACCUAUUCAUCACCGGUCCUGAUGUCGUCAAGGCGGUUACUAACGAAGAAGUCACUCAGGAGGAACUCGGUGGCGCCAAAACACACACUGUAACAUCUGGUGUGGCCGUUGGCGCUUUCGAGAAUGAUGUAGAUGCGUUGAUGAGCAUGCGCGAACUUCUGAACUACCUUCCACUUUCGAACAAGGAUCCGGCACCUGUCCGAGCUUGCGAUGACCCAUGGGAUCGUGAUGUUCCAUCCCUCGAUACCGCGGUUCCUCUCGAAAGUACUACUGCGUACAACAUGAAGGACGUCAUCCUCGCUCUCUUGGACGAAGGCGACUUUUUCGAGAUUGCACCUGAUUAUGCAAAGAACAUCGUCGUUGGUUUUGGUCGCAUGAACGGUCGCACAGUUGGAGUGGUUGGUAAUAACCCGAAAUUUGCCGCUGGAUGUCUUGAUAUCAACUCGUCAGUGAAAGGAGCUCGUUUCGUACGUUUCUGUGACGCUUUCAACAUUCCACUUGUCACACUCGUCGAUGUUCCUGGAUUCUUGCCUGGAACGGCGCAGGAAUAUGGUGGUAUUAUUCGCCACGGAGCCAAGUUCCUGUACGCUUAUGCUGAAGCAACAGUACCGAAGAUCACAGUCAUCACCAGAAAGGCCUAUGGUGGUGCUUAUUGUGUCAUGUCUUCGAAACAUCUUCGCGGAGACAUCAACUACGCGUGGCCAACUGCUGAAGUAGCUGUGAUGGGAGCCAAGGGUGCUGUGUCGAUUCUGUUCCGUGGAGACAAGAAUCCAGCAAAGAGGGAAGAGGAGUACAUUGACCUCUUCAGCAAUCCCUUCCCGGCUGCUGUUCGUGGAUACGUCGACGAUAUCAUCCAACCGCAUACCACCCGUCGUCGAAUCUGCGAGGAUCUCGCUUUGCUUGAAAGCAAACAACUGUCGAACCCAUGGAGAAAGCAUGGAAACAUCCCACUCUAG